UAUAAGUUAACCUUCUGCAACAGCCCCUUACUUUAUCACUACCCUUUGCUUCUUGUGAGCCAUCCAUCAUAAAUGAACGCAAGGUCGCGGUGACUUUUACACUCAGACCAUUCUGAUAGCAAUUAUUAUUUAGUUUGACCUUAUGAGCGUGCGGUAGUUGUCGGCUGCCUUGGGCAAUCAUGCCAUGCACAGCCAUCGACAGCUGGGCCUCGCAGGGCAUCCAUGCAAAAUGCGCAGCGGUCGCGGCAUUUGCCCGCUCACGCAAAGAGUCUCAGCCUGUCCCAUGGGUCUGGGGACAACGCGCAUCCUUUGGAUCGUACAGAAGGCGAGCACCUUGCCUAAUGAACGCAUGGAGCGCCCAUCGCCUCCGUCAGAUGCGAGCGUUUCCUGGUCCUGGAGGCGCGUCAACAGCGCACAAUAAUGACGGUUCCGGGGCCAAUACCUCGGCACCUUCCUCCUACGCCGGCGUUUCCACAACGACUACGUGGCCCUCAAACGCAGCAGGCCCACCAGCAGAUGAGGCCCCACCCUUCUGGCCGGCUUUGCAGCCCCCCUUCUCCUACAACCCGCCCCACUUACCCCUCCCCACCCCAUUCCAUUCCGCCACUCCACUCGCGCCGCUACCACGCCACCCUCGAACACCCAACCCCCCACUUCAGGCCUCCGCAGAGGAUGCCCAGUCCAACGCCGUGCCCAGCGGCCUGUCGCCCAUGUGGAAGGUAUUGCUCCUGAGUGAUGGCUCCGUAACACGUCACCUGCAACUCCUCAGCGGCUCACCUGUCGCUGUGGAGUGUCUCUCCAUGCGCAACGUGGGCUGGUCCCUGGAGGGACUGCCCCCGGGCACGGAGCUGAUACCUGGACCUAGGGUGCAGCGACAGGUCCUGCUGCGGUGUCAACCGGUGACCAGUGGCCUCGCGGACAGCAACGCCAACGAGAGCAGCAGCAGCGGCGUCGACAACAGCGCACAGAUCACCAGCAGCAACAGCAAUGACAGUGGUGGUUGUGGUGGUGAUAAUGAUGGGGGCGGUCGGGGCGCUCAGGGUCCAGCAUUGUUGCCGCUGGUUUAUGCGUCUUCUUGGUGGAAUGCGGACACUGUGGACGAGUACCUGAGGGAUAAAUCCAAGCCCAUUUGGGUGUCUCUUAGCCAGGGUCACAUCGAGCUGUACCGGGAGGUCCACGCGCUGUUCUGCGGCUGCAGUCCCCCGUUGGAGCAGCUAAUGGGCUGUGCAGGGCCCUUCUGGGGCCGCCACUACGUCUUCUGGAGUGGGGGCCGGCCGCUGACCCUCAUCUACGAGGUCUUCUCACCACGGUUGCGGCAGUACCUGGGCCCCGUGGAGGAGUCCAGCAUGGGAAGAUCAUGAUGCUGGACGUUUUGAGCUGAUUUGAUUGUAUAUGGGGGCAACUGGAGGGGCGCGGAGAAGGGGGCUUAUGCACUAUUGAGGGCAAGGUAUUGUAGGAACAGAGGAGGAAGAGCUGGCGGUGAAUGAGAAGCAGACCCCACGGUGUUUGGGUGGGGUCACUUGGUGAGGAGGGAGGGUCGG